GUAAUAAUGAAGAAAAAUGAAAAUAUUUAGAGUAUAUUUUUAUAAAUAUCUUGUAUUAUAUACCAUUUAACUCUAGCAGGGUUAGAUUGUUUAUGAAAAUAACAAUGGCACGGAAUAGUAAGGAAUUUGAGGACUUCUUCAAAGAAGCCCAGGACAUAGAAUCUAACAAAGAUCAAGAUGGGGAUGUUACAGAAGAUGAACAAAGUAAAACACCUGAUGAGGGUGAGGUUGAGUUGAACUGGCUACAAGAUGCUGGCUAUGGUCACCUGGUCAGUAAGUUUGAAGAUGGCAAAGAACUAGAAGAUGAUAUAUUUACGGAAGCAACAUCAUCAUUGACACGGACCCAAGCCGCUGCUGUGCGGAAGAGGGUUGAUACACUCAAUGCUACCAUACGCAAGCGGCAGAAGCACAAAGAACAUCAGAAAGUAGAUGUACGGGAUGUGUUCCCUCAACAGCCUGAGUCGCCAACUGGGUCCCCUGGUCCCAUCAGCCCUAGAUCAGGAAGACACGUUAGAAGAGGAAGUGGGAAAGGAUCAUCCAGUUCAAGCAGUUCACUUUUCAAAAACAAAGGAGUUUACUCAGUAACUGUGGAUGGAAUAGACUACAAUAAAGUAGGAGGUAUUGAGGGUCUAAGUAUUCAAGCUACAAAAGAGGGAUCAAGUGUUAUCACUUUGACUGGUGCUACUAGUCCUCCCCUCUCACCAGUUCAGGACAGUGAUGUACAACUCAUGUUCCUAUUGGACGAUGAAACCCCAAAGAAGCCUGUCCAAGAAAACACAGAGAACAGAGGGUCUCAAAUAAAGGAGGUGCCAGCAGCUAGAACAGAAAUGCCAAAUAUUACUCUAGUCCAGGAGCCAUUAGGACGAACCAGUAUCAAUGACUUGAGUCCACAAGAUCAGUCCAGUUUAAAAACACUUUCACUUAUUGAAUUGACAGCCCUCUUUGACGUACAUAAUAUAACAUACAGUAAAAGAAAAGCAAAACGGAAAUUCAAAGAGGGGGGUCUUUUUGGAGUGCCCAUAUCAACCUUGACUGAACAUGACAUCAAACUCCAGCCAAACUGCACAGUCCCUUUAUUCUUCAGACAGAUGAUCAAAUACCUUGAGAAAAAUUGCUUACAUGAGGAGGGAAUUCUCCGAAUACCUGGUUCAGCAUCAAGAAUAAAACAACUUCGUCAAAAUUUUGAAGAUUCGUUCUACUCUGGCCAUUUUUCCUGGGAUGACAUUCGGCCAAAUGACAUAGCUGCGCUGUUAAAACAAUUCCUUCGAGAAUUACCUGUGCCUCUUCUAACCUUUGACCUUUUAGAUGCUUUUGCACAAAUUGAACGCAUUCCGGAACUUAAACAACAGCUCCAGGCUAUGAAUCUUUUAAUACUAAUGCUACCUCAGACUCACCGGGACACUUUGGAAUUGCUGGUCAAAUUCUUAAAAAAGAUAUCGGACUUACAAGAACAAAACAAAAUGACACUUACAAAUGUUGCAAUGAUCAUGGCACCUAACCUGUUCCUAGUCCAGAAUCGUAAAAUUUGGAACGCUCAUAAUAAGUCCCGGGAGCAGGAAAUAACAAUGGCGGCAGGGACGUCAAAUAUAGUCAAGAAGCUAAUACAUUAUCACCCGCUACUUUGGACGGUGCCAUCAUUUAUGUUAAGUCAAGUGCGACACCAGUACAUGUCAGAGCAAGCAAAGGCUAACAGGGAGAAGUCAGUGAGUAGUUGUACUCCAAUAUGUGAGAGGAAGGUAUAUAUCAAACGACGACGCAUGCAAGACAAUAUAAUGAAAUUCCUUGGGAAGAAAGAUAAGUCUGAGGCCUACAGGAAGCAGUCAAAUGAGGAGCCACUGGCAGAUGGAGUGAUUCGUGUGCAGGCCCCUGGUCUUACUAAAUCCAGCACACUUAUACAAUUGGAACGGGACAUGACAUGUAAUGAUAUCUUAACACGGUUUCGAAGAGUUUCUCAACCUAGUCUUAGUGCACCAAACAUAGAGAACAGUCAUACCCCCAAGCCCAACUUUAAGCCAGAAUAUCAUGAGAGCUUACAACUUUAUGAAGUGGGUGGAAAUAUAGGAGAGAGAUGUCUUGAUCUAAACACGAACAUGCUGGCCUUGUAUCGCAUUAACCGCAAUGCAGAGUGGAUCGUCAAGAUACGACAGGAAAUUGCGUAAACAUUCCAGACAGAGAGUUCAUAUAUUUUACACAUGGUGUUGUUUGUUCAAUACGUACACACAGCUCUUUGGUUCAGUUGCACAUGUCUUGAUGUGUCAGGUCCAAAUCUGUAUAAAGUCAGUCACAGAGAUUAGUAUGUGUUCAUGUAUUUAAGCAUUAGUGGAUUGGCUCUAUUGAUUUAGUAAGAGGAAAAUGUGAAAAUGUCAAAUACUGUACUGGAUAAUAGUAUCUUUUAAGCAAGAUGAAUUCCUCUUUCAGACCAAUUAAAAAGCAAUUAAAACCCUAUAUUAUUAGUACCCUGUACUCUGCAAGGAAAAUCAGGAAUCUUGGUCUAUAACAUUUUGUGAAAUACCCCUGAGCAUCUUAUACUGAUUUAGUAUAAAUUAUAUGUAUCCUUUUUGUGCAUAUAGACUGAUAACCUAUUUUCUAAAUUUUAAAGGUUCUGCCCUAACAAGACUUUUUCAACUUUUCCUCCUAAAUCAUAUUAUUUUAUAUUGUAUAAUGUAUAUUACUCUAGAGAUUUCUUACAUGUUAUCUAAUAUGUAUACAUGUACUGUAUGUAGCAGGUUACCUGCAUCUGGAACAUAUAAUGCACCAUUUAAUGAUACCAGCUGUAUACCCAACAGAUUUUGGGUAGACGUUGAUCAAAAUAUUUGUUUAUCAAAUCCCCACCCUAGGUUAAUGAAAUAAUAGAGUGUCUUUGAAAGCUGCAAAAGGCAGGUAAAAAACAGGGAGCGUCAUGUUUCUCUGUUGGUCAAAAUGGGAUUAUGCAGACCUGAGUUGAUAUUCCUAUCAUGGUGAAAUAAUUGGCACGUUGUUAACACUAGCUGCCUCUAUGAGGCUGGUGAUUUUAGCACACCCUGAUGAAGUAGAAAUCUUUGAAAAAGUAAGCUGCGUUGGCCAAGUUUUCAUUGCCUUCUGGUUUCUUAUAUCAAGAUUCAAGGGCUCAUAUUAUAUUUUGUAUAUUAUACCUACCAUGACACCAUACAAAGUAUUGCAGAAUAUUAUAUAAAUGGUAUACAGUUUGAAUGUCUCAAAUUGAGAUAAGAUCUGGCCCAUGCACAAUGCCUACAAAUAAUCUAUAUAUAAAUACCUAGUACUCCUACUUAUUUUGGUUUAAUUUAGCAAUGUGAAAAACUUGCCAUAUUUUAUUGUUGAUAUAAAUUAAAAUGCCAAAAUUCCAACGAUUGUUUUUAGUUCUUAUGUAGUGAAACAGUUGUUGAGGUGAAAAUGCAAAUUGAUAUUGUCAAUAUUAUCAAAGAUUUGAUAUUUGAACUCUGUCAAAUUAAAUCUUUGUCAAUGCUUUAAAAUUGCAAAAAUGCCAAAUGAAAUAGUGCCAAAUUAAGUAGAAGUACUAAGUAUGGCUAAAUUGGAAAUCAUUAUCGUUAUGAUGUUAUGAAAUAUUAUUAUAUUUUGCUUACUACACAGGAAGUAGUUUUAGAUCAUUACAGAAGAUAUUGCAUUUUGUGAAUACUUUAAAUGUUAGUUUUUGCUCUUAAUGAUGUUCACAUAGUUAGGUUUACUGAAAUGUACAAAACAAAACACAAUUGUUUUAUAACUUAAAUGGUGCAAUUGUUAUUCAGUCAUCUGGGUAAAAUUACAUGUUUUAUGUGUCGUCAUUAAAUUAUUGUACAUAUGUAAAUGUUGAUAGGAAAAUUUAUAUUUGUAUUUUUUGGUCGAGGUAUUUAAUUAUAACAGAAUAGAUACAGGUAUCUAUAGAUAGAUACAGGAAUAGAAAUAGGUAGUCUUAUUUAAAGUAGCAUACCAUUUAGAUAAUAAUCAUAUGAUAGAGACAGUGUGGGGGUGACAAGAAAUGGGAUAUUUUAAUCCUCUCUCCUGUCCCUUUAUUUUCUUGUAUAAGUAGUAGCACGAGAAAAUUUCGGGUUAGUGUCAAUUUUACUUGUGAACCCAAUGGUGUCUGAUUACCUUUUGUGGUUCAGAAUGGUUUCUACUUCAUAUGAGAAUCCAUUUUCUGAGAACAUACAUGAACAGUGACCACUGACCACAUACAAAGCUCUCUCUCUCUCUACCAUCUGAUAGAUGGGGUGUAUUGAGAGAAGGUACAGUAAAACCUGUGACCUGUGUAUGUAUAGUGAAUAUGCUGAGAAAAAGAGGAUUGUAGGUGCUCUCUACAUGUAUAAUUAUUCAUUAUUAGACUUUUGAUAUUUCUAGGCUAUAAAUGGGGAUAACUUUUAAUGUUCAUGUUUUGAUUAAUUUUUAGCUCAAUAAAUUCAUAACUGAAUACAAAAGAACAUUAUUUUCCAAUUGUUGGAAAUAAGAAGUAGAUUAUAAGUUAGGUCAUAGCAGGAAGAGGUAAUAAUAAAUCAGUCAGUCUUAUAGUUUAAGCUGAUAAUGCUUAUAAUCAAAGAACUAGAGAACUAGAACAAGAAGCAAUGUUUUACACCUGAUUAAACAGGAUAUUAAUUAAUAAAGUUAAUUACAGAUUAGCAGGUAAAUGUUAAACAUUAAAGUGUGUUUAGUCUAGGGAGGUAUUCACAUGAGAAAGGUGUUCAUUUACACAGACCCCCUCACUGGUGGGAGUAGUUAGGGCUUGUACUGUAUCAGAUCACGCUGUUUUAUCUUGUUAAAGUACUUCACAAUACACACUAUCACUUACAGUAUUGUUUGCUAUCCAUUUACCUUUGCUCUUCAUUAAACAAUUUAUAUGGUCAUUCUGGUACCACAAAGGAAUAAUGCAAUUGCUCUUAUUAUGAUUCUUUGGUGUUCAAUUAAUUUGAGUGGAAUAUUUUGGUGAUAUGGAGCCAUUUUAAAUUGAGGAAGUAACAAACCUUUUAAUAUGAUAAAAAUAGCUUAUCUUCUUCUUUAUACUAGAGAAACUUGCAUGAGGGAACAUUGACAUUUGUUUCUUAUUACAGUAGUGCUUCAUUAUCAAAAUACGAUCAAAAUAAGUGGAAUCUAAAACUAUAAUUUUUGAGAGAGGAAUAUGGUUGAUUUUUCCCUGAUUAUAUGGUGUAUUAACUUCUUGUAUGUAUGUGAUCUAAUUGUGUUAUUGCUAUUUCAUUGAUGAAUAAUAUCAUGAUAACUCAUAGGAUAUGCCUUAAACUUCAAAUGUUUCUCAUUAUUACUCGAUCAUUCAAAUGAAAUGAAUUUGGCGGAAUAUAGAAAAUGUCCCCCCCCCUGAAUUACCAGCAACUCUCAUGUUUUGUAUGGUAGAUAUACUUGCUAUGUUACUUGCAGGCUAAUGUAUUCAGAUAUUAAGCUUAUUAAUUAGAAACUACCAUAUGAUGUAUCCAAGCUGUCUCCACAUGAUAAGAGAAUUACUUAGAAGUGCUCAACUGAAGCACUCUAUUCUGGUAUUUAUUGGAGUAAGGGGCGGACCCUAAGAUCUUGUAGGCUUAAUAUUUUUACCUCGAUCAUCAGAUGCUUUGAAAAAAUGCUUUAUGGAUAGGUGAGUGUAGAAACCACACAUCUUGUGCCUUAUAGUGAACAUUCCAUUGACUUGAUAAUUAUUAUAAUUGGCAUUCCAUGGCUAGCUCCAAUAAGAUCAUGUAUUUUUAAUGAGGCAUAGCAUUCCUUUGUUGAUGGCAAUGCUUGUAUCCACUUGCUCAUGUACUGGUAUAAAUUAUAGAGUACGCAUUGUAUUGGACUAAAGCUAGGCUUUUGUGCAUUGAUCAAAAAUUAAUUAUCUUGUGAUGGCAAAUUAUUGUUGAUCUGAAUCACAUAUUCCAACAAAACGUUGAAACAUAAAAAAGUAGUCAAAUAUUGAAAUCUUAUUUUGAUUAAGGUAUUUUGUACACAUUUGGAUAUUAAUCAAUCCAGGAAUUGCUGAAUAAGACAAUGUUGCAAUUGGUUUAAUUUUUGUGGAUACUUUAGAUUUGUUAUCAAUCGCACCAUCAUGGUGCUUUUUGACUGUCAGUGAAUAUAUACAUGGUCACUGGAUAUAUACUGUACAUGGUCACUGGUCAGUAUAUGCCAGUAUGCCUCCCACCUGGCAUCUAUGAGUAUUACAACUGGUUUGUUCCCACUGUCUUGCCAUGUUCAUUAUUGCCUCCUUGGCCGUGACUGUGUCCAUGUUAUGUCAUUGUCUUCCUAAUGGCUCUAACUUCCCAUAAAUCCUGGACAACUACUGACCAUGAUAAGUGUGGACUAUAUUUUCAUCUACUCAUUUACCAAAUAAGUAAAUAAAUUAUAAAUAAAUACAAGAGG